AUGAAGACUGGACUUGAUGAAAUAACCAAGGUACCAAAAGAAAAGAACAAACGGGAUGUAGCGGAUAAGCUAGCAAUACACAAAAAUACCAAAGCCAAGAAGAUGUCUAUCUGUUGUGUAGGUCCAGAUAAGUACAAUCGAAUCUCGUGGCAUGAUGCCAAAGGAAUAUGGGGAACUCUGCAAACUGCUCAUCCAGGAACAACCCAGGUAAAUAAGUCCAAAAUUGAUAAUCUAAAGGGACAAUAUGAGUUAUUUAGAAUGGUGGAAGGUGAAACAAUACAAGACAUGCAUACAAAGUUCACCACAACCAUCAAUGAAAUGUACUCUUUAAGAGAAAUAAUUCCUAAUGGAAAGGCAAUAAGAAAUCUCUUAAGUGUCCUUCCAAAGACAUGGGAAAGCAAAGUAGAGGCUAUCACUGAAGGAUGUGACUCAGAUUUUCUAGUGAUGGAUCAACUCAUCGAAAAUCUCAUUGCAUAUGAGCUUGAGAAAAAUCAAGAAAAUGAAAUCGGAUGA